AUGACAGACACAACCCCUCCGUUGCGUGUGGCACUGCUGGGAGCUGGUUUGUUUGCCACCAAUUCACAUGCUCCCGUUUUGAUCAAGUUCAAAGAUGUGUUUGACACCAAGGCUGUGUGGUCACGAACAAAGGAAUCUGCCGAAAAAUUGGCACCCAAGCUAGGCUGCGAAGCACUGGGAGGCGAAACAGAGUUGGACAGCUUGAUGGCACGCCAAGAUAUUGACGCCUUUGUCGUGGCUUUGCCCUUGGAUGUACAGCCAGCGCUGGUACUGCGCCUCUUGAAAGCCGGAAAGCACGUCUUGUCGGAAAAACCCAUUGCACCCACCGUGGAACUAGCCCAACAGCUCGUGGCCGAAUACCAAGCUAUACCAGAACAACAACGACAAUGGUCCGUGGCGGAAAACUUUCGAUACGAACCGGGCAUUGAAACUGUGGCUGAAAAGAUCCGAACAAACGAAAUUGGAGAUAUUCUGUUACUCAGUCUGGUGGUCAAGAAUCCUUUUCGACACGACAAUCCCUAUCUCAACACGGCAUGGCGCAAGGAACCAUCCUGGUACGGAGGCCUCUUUGUCGAUGCAUUUAUUCAUGCGGCAGCAGCCAUUCGAACCAUGAUUCCAGGCGAACUGCGACAAGUAAGUGCCGUCACGAGCCAUCGUGCAGAUCACUUGCCGGGUCCUGAUACCAUGGCGGGCCACGUCCAGUGGGAAAAUGGUGUCCAAGGAACCAUUACCGCAUCCUAUGCCAGUGAUACCUUUCAUUACGCCUUUGAAGUCACUGGAAGACAAGGAACCAUUGUGUUACAACGCAGCACCAAACAACCAGGAUACGAUUUGAUUGUCACCAAAGGAAUGGGAAAGGAUACCGCAGUGACUACAGAGUUUUUCAAGUUUCAAGGAUUGGACAAGGAGUUCUUGGCGUUUGCAGCGGCAUGUCGAAAACAAGGUGACGACAAGAAUACGCCUCAACAAGCAUUGCAAGACUUGAAACUGGUACAAGCUCUAUUAGAGUCGGGCAAACAGGGAGGAGCGGUAGUCAAAGUACAAACAUAG